AAUUCCAGACAUCUUAAAAGUUAAAAGCAAGCAAAAUGACAGAUGGAUUUUCAGAUUUCUCGUUCGCCCCAUCACUGUUUCUCACUGCUCACUCUGCGAGCGAGACCCACUCCAUUAAUGGCGGAGACUGCUCGCAAUCUGGAAAGAAGAACACCAUGCGCAUGUGCCAGCACUUAAUGCUUUCAUUUCAGGGACACCCACCUCCCAAAUGCUUCAUUCUCUCAGCAAAAAUGGAGUUUUAGGUCUCGUUUCAUCAUUCAUGGUCGGCUCUUUGGUCUCAAAAGGAGAUGUUACUUAACUAGGAACAAUUCUCCUUGAAGGGUUUUGCAGAACAACACACGUGGGUCAGUCCUAGAGUUAAAUCUGUAGUUUCCAGUUUUUGCUUUGUGUAAUUUGUCAAGAGCAACAGCUUUGGAACUUUUUUACACCUUUGAGCUUUCAAGGUAGGAUUCUAUUUUUCCUCCCCCCCCCCCCCCCUCCCUGUUCUUGUCAUAUUGCGUUGUUAGAUUCUGCACAGAAUCAAAUUAAUCUGAAUUUCCACUCUAAAUUUGCCCCCAACUCUGUUUCAUCUUUGUGGUUCAUCCUCUCCAUUUUAAUUUAGAACUGGUUUCUGAUGAAGUACUUGUAAGGAAAAGUGUCUCAAACCUCAUGGGGUAUUACAGUUUGCUUUUGCUGCUGUGUCUUUCAUGGAGUUUCUUCAUCUUGGGUACCCAUCAGCUACAAUCCUCUCAAGCCCAGGUGCUUCUUCAGUUAAAGAAGCAUUUGGAGUACCCCAAGCAGCUGGAGGUUUGGAAUAAACAUAGCAUAGAUUUCUGCUACAUUUCAUCUGCACAAGUAAACAUCACAUGCGAGAAUGACUUUGUUACUGAACUUGAAAUUAUGGGUGAUAAGCCUGUCAAGACUAGUUUCUUCAAUGGGGUUGCAGUCCCAAAUCAAACUCUAUCGGAGAAUUUCUCAAUCGAUUCUUUUUCAGCUACCUUGGCUAGACUAACCGGCUUAAGAGUUCUUCGCUUGGUAUCUUUAGGCAUCUGGGGUGCACUUCCUAGCAAAAUCCAUCGGUUAUCUUCACUUGAAUUACUGGAUUUGAGUUUUAAUUUUCUCUGUGGUUCUAUUCCUCCCAAGAUCUCUGUAAUGGUGAAGCUUCAAACGCUUGCACUGGAUGGCAAUUUCCUUAAUGGGACUGUCCCUGAUCAUUUGGAUUCUUUAUCGAACUUGACAUCUCUAAGUUUGAGGAACAACCAGUUAAGCGGUCCAAUCCCGCCUUCAAUACAGAAAAUCACCUCUCUCACAAAUCUUGCCUUGUGUAACAAUAGCAUAUCUGGGGAGUUACCAGAUCUUAGUGGGUUAAAUAGCCUUUAUAUGCUUGAUUUAAGUGGGAACAAAAUAAAUUCCGGACUACCCUCUUUGCCCAAAGGGGUAGUCAUGGCUUCACUUGGUCACAACUCCUUCUCAGGUGCGAUCCCACGUCAAUACAGCCAACUGACUCAGCUUCAACACCUUGAUUUGUCAUUCAAUUUACUCAUAGGAACAGUUCCUGCUGCAGUUUUCUCUUUGCCCAACAUCAGUUAUUUGAAUUUAGAAUCAAAUAUGUUGAAUGGGCAACUUCCUGACCAGUUAAGCUGCAGUAGCAAACUCGAGCUUGUGGAUAUAUCGAACAAUAGGUUAACUGGUGGGUUGCCUUCGUGUUUGAACACUACAUUGAAUCAGAGAGAUGUCAAGUUUGGUGGGAAUUGCUUGUCUAUUCAGUCACAGCCCCAGCAUCCAGAAUCAUUUUGUAUAGAAGGCCAGAAGAAACAGUCCAAAGAUCCAGGUGUGGCUGUAUUAGCAGGUAUCAUUGGAGGAGUUCUUGUAGUUGCGUUGUUUCUGGCUUUUUUCUUUCUUGUUAUGUGUAGAAGAUACUGCCCUCGAGGGAUGUCAGAGCAGCAUUUAUUGCAAAAGGCAGUGCAAGAGAACCCAACAGCAGGGUUCUCUUCAGAGCUUCUGACAAGUGCUAGGUUUAUUUCUCAAGCAUCCAAGUUGGGAACAGAAGACCUUCCAAUGUGCCGGUUGUUUACCCUAGAAGAGCUAAAGGAAGCUACACACAACUUUGACAAGUCUACUUGUAUCGGGGAAGGCUCAAAUGGGAAGCUUUACAGAGGACGGCUAGAAAAUGGAAUCCAAGUGGCCAUAAGGUGUCUGCCUUUAUUAAGGAGAGAUUCAAUUCGAAAUCUUAAACUCAGGUUGGACUUGCUUGCAAAGCUUCGCCACCCACAUUUGGUUUGCCUCCUGGGGCAUUGCAUCGAUGGCAGUGGACAAGAUGAUUUCCGUGGAAACAGAGUUUUUCUAGUAUAUGAAUACGUGUCCAAUGGGAAUUUUCGUGCCCAUCUCUCAGAGAGUUACCCAGAAAAGGCUCUCAAAUGGUCAGAGAGACUGGCAGUUCUUAUUGGUGUUGCCAAGGCUGUACACUUUCUCCAUACUGGAGUUAUUCCUGGUUUCUUCAACAAUCGACUGAAGACGAACAACGUUUUGCUAAAUGAGCAUCGGGUGGCAAAACUGAGUGAUUAUGGGCUGUCCAUUAUCACAGAAGACAUUGACAAACAUGAGGUUAAAGGAGAAGGCCCUAAAUCAUGGCCAUUGAAGAGCCUGGAAGAUGACGUGUUCAACUUUGGACUAAUUUUACUUGAGUCGCUUGUUGGACCUUCGGUUUCUGCAAGAAGGGACGCAUUUCUGCUAAAUGAAAUGGAAUCUUUGAACAGCCAAGACGGCCGGAGACGAAUAGUCGACCCAAUUGUUCUCAACACUUGCACCCAAGAAUCUUUAUCAAUCAUGAUCUCCAUAACAAACAAAUGCAUCUCUCCCGAGUCAACAACUCGCCCAUCUUUUGAGGAUGUCCUUUGGAAUUUGCAAUAUGCAGCUCAAGCCCAAGCAGCAACAGAUGGCGAUUAAAGUUUUGACAGUGCAUUACAUUCAUGAGUCAUGGGGAGGUUGUCUGGAGCUGCUCUAGAAAAGAUACAGUUUCAUCCUGAAAAUCUUUAAAUUCUUAAAGAGGACAAUUGCUAUGGGAGCUUCCUUCUUCCACUGUGUGAUCUCCAAAACCUUUUGGAGCAUAUACUCAAGUUCAUGAAACCUUGUUGGCAAUGUUAGAGAUGCUGGAUGUAUCAUGGCACAUACGAUUCAGUGAAAUUCAUUGUGUCUUGGCACAUACGAUUCAGUGAAAUUCAUUGUAUCAUGGCACAUAUGAUUCAGUGAAAUUCAUUGUCCUUGUAUUUUAUCUUGUUAGAAAGAGUAAAGUCACAAAUUUGAUUGAACAAA